CUCAAUCGUCACGUGUUUGUAGUAGGUAAAGUCAAGGUAUGUAGAAUAACGUUUGAACACGUACAUAUUCUUCCGAGGGUGUACCAUGCCAAAGGAGUACGGGAAUUAGGACGACAAAAGCAGUCAACGUCGACCUGGAACUGUCAUGGAACGGCUUUCGAGAGUGGCAUGUUAUUUUCGAUGGAUGAGGAAUGCGACAUCUCAUGAUGCAAGUGAGGUUGAGGACGAACAAAAAACUAUUAAAGUUGAACGAUAUCGAAAUGUCGGAUGUAAUUUUGAAGCUUCGAGGCGACUUUGUGGUAUUUUGGAAAGUAUCCUUCUUUGGGAGAACUCUGUGAAUAGUAUUUCUGUCGUCAUCGUAUUCAAUAUACUGUUUUGGGGUAUUAUUGUAUUAGAGGUUCGAGGCUUUGCUGCAGCCAGCAGUGCUGCACUGGUCGUUGUUCUCUGUUAUAGUACCUUAGAAACUCAAAUUCAAAAGGAAAAUAAAGCAUUGGAUUUAGCUGCCUCUUAUGCAAAAACAGAACAAAUUGAGAAAAUAGGAAAAAAAAUAAAAACAGCAAUUCAUAAUUUGAAGCAAUUGAGAAAAGAGCAACCAGGAGUGUUUUGUACUGCAGUUUGCUCUCUUUCUUUGGGUCUAUGGAUUAUUGGUCGUACUAUAAAUGGUAUACUUCUUACAUAUACAAUAUGCAUGAGCAUUUUACUUGGACCUGCAUUAUUGUUAAAGCUUCCUAGUAAAAUGAUAUUACACAAAGAAUGGGAUAGUGAAAUUGAAGAAUUCUUACCAGCAGUAACUGAAGAUAAUCUUCAAGUUCUUACUAGAGCAGGAGAAUCAGGGGACCAAUCUCCUACUCCUACAAGCGUAUUAUCUGAUGUUCAAAAUGAGUUUUUUAAUGAUGAAGAACUUAUGGGUCUUAAAAUGCCAUCACAUGAAGAUGGGAGUACUGAUGAUAUAGAAAACUCUGAAUUAGAGCUUAGUGCUGAAGAAACUGAUAUGGAUGGUAUUAAAUUUCAAAGUGGCCAUUUUGAAAAAGGAUCAUCUUCUGAGGAAGAAGCAGAACUUGAACCUAUAUCGAGCAAACUAAUUAGUCACAGUGAUGAAAGUGGUAGCGAAUUUGAAAUAAUUGAUGGUCAAGAUGUUGAUAACAUUGCAUGAAAAUAACUGAUAUAUGAACUGUGAAGUUAUUAUUAUGCAGAAUAGAAUUAAAUGAAGAAAUGAUUUCAAAUACAUUUUAAUUGGAUAAUAAUCUAAGUAAAAUAAUUAUUUUGUUUUAAUUUUA